CAGCGGAGGAGGUUCACGGAAAGUUCACUCGCAUAUAUUAGGUAACUCUAUCGGCCGCUGUGACAUAACUAGUAUGAAGUAGGUUGCUUCGAGACGGCCAAACUCAUCCGUCAAUAAAGAAGAGAUAAGAAGUCCCUGGAACAAACUUUGUUAUGCAAAAUAGCCUGCGUGUUUAGCCGGGCGGGCUCCGUGUGCGGGACGGGCUACAGUACAGGCUGUUUGGCUGGCUGCGCGUCAACAUGCGAACACUUUCCUGACGCUCGACGGGGACUUUCGGCCUGUUUCCGAGCGCACACGCCCCUCUGACCACAAUAUUGCCAUGCUUUCCUGCUGAGAGACCGCUUGCAUCCAGUACAAACUUUUACCUGAAAUGCACAUGCGGUAGAAACUGCAGGGAAGGCGACGCGGGUUGUAGGAAAAGACGGAUUUUUUUUUUUUUUUUUUUUUUUUUUUUCCUGUUGCAUCCGAUAUUUUUUUCUUAUGUGGACACACCUGCAAAGGACCUGUCUUUGAUUUGCACGAGAUCAUGUUUGACUAUAUGGAAUUUCUAGCCGUCGGCCCCGGAGAAAUGCUGGAUUUCUACACAUGCAGCCCCGCCUGCCUGCAGCAGGAGCAGGAGCAGACUCUCGCCGCCUGCUUCCCUGAACUCACCGAGUCCGACUGGCAAGUGGACGGCAGCUCGCAGUCAGUGGAAAGCCAGAGCUCCAGCUCGGGCUCAGAGGACCUGUUCACCAGCCCGCCCUCCCCCCCGCCGCCGCCACGCACAUACAAGCCCUGUUUUGUGUGUCAGGACAAAUCCUCGGGCUACCACUACGGAGUGAGCGCCUGCGAGGGCUGCAAGGGUUUCUUCCGCCGCAGCGUGCAGAAGAACAUGGUGUACACCUGCCACCGGGACAGGAACUGCAUCAUCAACAAGAUCACCAGGAACCGCUGCCAGUACUGCCGGCUGCAGCGCUGCCUCGCCGUGGGAAUGUCCAGGGAGUCGGUGAGGAACGACAGGAACAGGAAGAAGGGAAAGAAGGAGGCGGUGAAGUUGACCAUCAUAGAGACGUACGAGCUGACAGCCGAGCUCGGCCUAAUCGUGGAGAAGAUUUGCAGAGCCCACAGAGAAACCUUCCCCUCGCUCUGCCAGCUGGGAAAAUACACCACAAACUCCAGCUCUGACCACAGGAUCCAGCUGGACCUCGGCCUGUGGGACAAGUUCAGCGAGCUCGCCACGAAGUGCAUCAUCAAGGUGGUGGAGUUCGCCAAACGAGUCCCGGGCUUCACCGGCCUGACCAUCGCCGACCAGAUCACCCUGCUCAAAGCCGCCUGCCUCGACAUCCUGAUCCUGAGGAUCUGCACUCGCUACACUCCGGACAAGGACACCAUGACCUUCUCAGACGGCCUGACCCUGACCCGGACUCAGAUCCACAACGCUGGCUUCGGACCGCUCACCGACACGGUCUUCACGUUCGCCGGCCAGCUGCUGCCGCUGGAGAUGGACGACACGGAGAGCGGCCUGCUCAGCGCCAUCUGCCUGGUGUCUGGAGACCGCCAGGAUCUGGUGGAGCCGUCGAAGGUGGAGGUGCUGCAGGAGCCGCUGCUGGAGGCGCUGAAGAUUUACUCCCGCAAACGCCGGCCCAGCAUGCCCCUCAUGUUCCCCAAAGCCCUGAUGAAGAUCACCGACCUGCGCAGCAUCAGCGCUAAAGGGGCCGAGCGGGUGGUGACGCUGAAGAUGGAGAUCCCCGGCUCGCUGCCGCCUCUGAUCCGGGAGAUGUUGGAGGACCUGGAGAACCUGGAGAAGCAGCAGCAGAAGAAGAAGAAACACAGCGAGGAGACGAGAGCGGAGCAGCACACCGGCACCGGCCCACACACACUCUCCGUGUCCACGCAGUACCUGGGCUCGGGCUUCCUGGUCUGAACCGCCUCCGAGAACAUUACCUCCAUCCAACACCGCCCCCUCCCCCCUCCCUCCCCAAAGAAACGCUAACAGUCACAGCUACGGAUGCAGUCCAGAGGGUUAGUCGUGGUUUACCUCAGUUUUCGGUUCAGCAGAGGCCUGUCAGUGAAUGUUGGGAGAUUUUUAUUAUUAUUUUUUUAAAGGGGCAUUCCACCAUGUUUGAAGGACAGUCACAGAUCCAUCCACGUUCCCUCACAAAACAAAGAAGAAAGCUAUUUUAAUGUCAGACAGCAGGAUGUUCAUGCUCUGCUGUCCAAAGUGGGAAAACAUUGAGGAGGAAAAUGUAACUUUACUAGUCUUCUUCAGUUUUCUUUUUUUUUUCGCUCCUGCAGCAUGGUGGCAUGUCCCUCAUUACCACUGGUAAUCACUUUUAGACUUUCUGUGACAGGCUGCCACUUGUAUUUAUAUUUGCAUGAUAUAUCACACAGAUUAAUUUCUUACCUCAUUAAAUAACAUUACUGUUAGUGUUAGUGUAGCAAAGGUAGCACAUAUAUGGGAAAAAAGAGAUGCUCUCUACAUACAAGAUGAUUUUUUUAUGCUGUUAGUUUGGAUUUGUUUAUUUGCUCCAUGUGCAAAAAAAAAAACAAAACAACAACAAUAUCAGAAAACUCCGGACUAAUUCUUUGAUGAAAUUAGGGGAAUUUAGCAGUUUUAUAUGUACAAAAGGGAAAUGUAAAUACAAAAACUUGACAUUGAAGUAUUUACUCAUAAAGGUAUCAUUAGCACCGGAGAUAGCAGAGUUCACAAACUGAUGUCACCGAGUUUAAGAUUGAGAAUUAUAAGAGUAAAAGUCAGCCAGUAUCAUCCUGAAUAAAAGAGACCACCAAAUUACCCAUGGUACAUUGCGUAUAUUAAAGGUGCUAUGCAGUGUGUAGCAGUUUUCUUCGUCAUGUUGCCUUUAUUGUCAGAUAAAUCACAGUACAUGAUGUGCUUAAAGUCAAUAUCAUAAGGAUUUAUAUAUAUAUAUAUAUAUAUAUAUAUAAAACCAUACGACUCUAUGUAGGCGAUAUCACAUGAUCAGUACUCAUUCCAUUGAAUCCAAUGGUAAUGUCAAACAGAAUUCAGAAAUUUUCAACUAUUUCUUCAAGUGUUUCAUGCCUCAUUUUGUCAGAGUUUUUAAAUAAAUACAACAAAAAGAAAUGCUUGUUAUCAUUAGCUUGUAACCCAAAAUUCAACAUAUCAUCGCCAUAUGUUUCUACUGAAAGGAGAUGAAUGAUAAUAUUGAAUUAUAGCCCAGCCCUAAAUCACAGGAGAGUGAAGCGCUUUAACCAACAGCCUGCAGGACACCCAAAUGUGUCACAUGAAUUUUAGAGAUUAGUAAUUGAGGGACAUCAGGUUGGAUUUUAUGGGAAGUCAGACGGAUUAUUUUCUGGCAUAAAACUGGAAGAUUUUUGGUUUGACUUUGUGAGGAGAGCAGCUUCGUUCCAGCUCCGCUCUUCCACCUGCGCGCUCGCUGUCAGCUUAUCUCGUCAGCAGGCCUAUUUGCUCUUAUCUGCUUCCUGCUCUUCAAAACAAACAGCAUUUGUGUGCGCACACGAGGGUUUAUCUGAACUGUGAUCUUAUUUACGAGGAAGAAAUAUUGUACUCAUAGCACCUUUCAACUUAUCUUUUCUUGAAGGGGAACGCCGCAUGAUGUCAGGAUUUCUGCAGGUUAUGUUUACAUGUCUGCGACAGUCCCGUCAAAAUCUGUGCAGGUGGAGAGUUUUUAUUCCAAAAUCAAGAGCGAUAAAACAGGUUCGCUUUAAACCAGCGAUUCUACUUAAAAACUCAAAUUAAUAUUGUAUGAACACGUUCAGUGUCUAUGACGCAGCUGCAAAUUGCUGUUCAUGAUAACAAAUCCCUGUUUAUAUAAAAAAAAAGAUCUUGUAUCACCAGUGAUUUCAUGCCACUGGAUGAAUUACUCUUCAUUGUCCUUAAUGGGUUGAGAAAAUGUAUACGUGUCUUGGUUGUACAAAACAAUUCCACAACAAAUUGAAUAAACUCAAAGCAGUGUGUUUGUCAAGCUAAAAAUAAGGUUUGACUUGUAAAAUUAAUAAUUUAGUCUAUAAAGUGUCUACAUAUGUUCUUAGGAAGUUGGCAGAGUCUCCAAAUUGCUUCCUUAGUCUGGCCAGCAGCCAAUAAAAAAAUUAUUAAUCUUAUAAUGUGUAUGAAUAGAGGAAAGUUAGAACAUAUUCGCAUCUUAGUGAUGUUAGUGAAGCUGAAAUCAACAUAUUUUUACUCAAUAAAUGACUAAAAUAAUCAGUUUUCAUAAUUGCAAUUGUAGGAUUCUCUGCUGAUUGACCAUUAAAUCAACCAAAUGUUCUCAGCCCCGUUUCCAGAGGCGGUGUUUUGGAGAUACAAGGUUUCCACAGCACACUGAUGGCAUAAUUGAUGGGACUGUCCAAGACAUUUAGAAAUAACGUGAAAUCUGAACCUGGUGUUCUCCUGACGCCGAGGUGUGUGUGGCUGCACGGUGUGUGUGUGUGUGUGUGUACUCCACGACUCCGAGCAGGGAGCCUCGACAGCAAACGUUGUGUUAUCUUAGUGACUUAUGGCAAAAAAAAAAAAAAAAAAGGAUGAAUUCAUUCAAGAGCGCCGUGGAGGAGCUCAUGUGCCUACUUCUCUCUGUAGAGCUUCUCCACAGCAGCUGCUUUGACACAAAAUAGCAGGAACACCAAACUCCUACUAAUGACUUUAAUUCAUUUGGGUUUAACCAUUAUUGUUCAUGCUGGCCCUGGUUCACUAACAUGGAACACAAACUUAAUGAAUGUCAUUAGUAACACUUGUGAUUCCCUGCUGUUUCAUGUCAAAAUGGCUGCUGCGAUUAAAAAAAAGGAAAAAAAAAGUCUAUGAGUUUACAUUUUCUGCAAAUCUCUGCAAAAGUCCUGCAUGAUCAGCCUGGAGGAACAAGUGCGAUUAACGCUCCGUGUCAUUCCACAUACUACCAUGAUUUGGCUGUGUACUGUAUUUCUCUUGUGAUCAUUUUCCAUGCUGCGUUCAUUUGUGAUAUUACUAAACAGAUCAUAUUUCAUAUAGGUGUUGGUCUAUUAAAGUCUUGUGUACUGGA